AUGGUUCGUUCUAGUACACCUGGUGUCUGCUUCUUGUCGAUACCUCAGUUUGAUCCUCAUAACAUGAACCGUCCAGAUUCAGUUCAUCCGACUUGGACUUUUCUUGCUGUUGUCAAUGGUCUCGCUGCCCCACCAACAAUCGUCGUCAAUGCCCUCGUUAUAUGGGCUGUGAUGGGGAAUGAAAGUCUCAGAUCGUCUUCUUUCAACGUUUUGCUUGCCUCUUUAGCAGUGACUGAUUUUCUUGUAGGAUUGCUGGUCGAGCCGCUGUAUUGUCUCUUUCUGGGAUGUCUUCUGAACAAUUGUCUUUUGCCUGACUGUGCAUUUAGUGCGUACGUUUUGCCUUCCUUAGUCUGUGCAGGCAUAACGAUUGUCAGCUUAACUAUCGCAAGUGUUGAGCGGUAUUUAGCCAUUGAACAUCCGAAUUUUCAUCUCAAAAACAUUACAGUAAAAAAAGUCAUGAUAACAACUGUAAUUUCCUGGGUUAUACAUUUGGCWKAUUUGUUUAUUACAAGCGUUUUACUGAAUGAAAGCCACCCUGACCUGUUUAAAGUUCCAGCAGCUAUAUCGGCAAGCAUUCUUUGCAUGAUCACACUCUACUGCUYAUCUAAAGUACAGCUGACGGCUUACCGUCAGAGUAGAAUCAUCGCUCGUCAGAUCGCAACCGUUCAAGAGACCAACAACGAACAACAACAGCAAGAGCAGGAGCAGCGACUCCAGGAAUACAAGCGAGUAUUCACAAUGUCCAUCUUGGUGGCAUUGUCGUUUCUCUUUUACACCCCCUUCAUAGUGAUCGCAGUGAUCGAAGCCACGAAGAGUAAAGAUGCGACGAGCGAUUUUCAGUACAUCGCCGGGACWAUCGGUUUAAYAUUUUUACAUCUCCAGUCUCUCAUCAACCCAAUCAUCAUGUCAMUGCGUCUGUCCUACAYUCGCCAAGSCAUCAAAAACAAGCUAGCARGUCUUGURCAGKKGAACUGA